GAUGCUCCGUACGCGUCAUGUUCUCUAGCUCCGAACGCAUCAUGUCCAAUAAUUCUUACCGUAUCGAACGUGAUACUUUUGGCGAUCUUCAAGUCCCUACUGAUAGGUAUUGGGGUGCCCAAACACAACGAUCAUUACAGAACUUUGAUAUUGGCGGCCCGGCCGAACGGCUGCCCCCACCCCUCAUCAAGGCUUUCGGUGUCCUGAAGAAGGCAGCUUCUGUCGUUAAUAUGGGAUAUGGAAUGGAUCCGAAGGUUGGACAGGCCAUUCAAACGGCCGCUGACGAUGUGAUUUCUGGCAAACUCAUGGAUCAUUUCCCCUUAGUCGUUUUCCAGACUGGUAGUGGAACUCAGAGCAAUAUGAAUGUUAAUGAGGUCAUCUCAAAUCGUGCCAUCGAGAUCCUCGGCGGUGAACUAGGUUCCAAGAAGCCUGUCCACCCAAAUGACCACGUCAACAUGAGCCAAAGCAGUAACGACACCUUCCCAACUGCCAUGCAUGUUGCAGCUGUAACGGAGAUUAAUCAAUCGUUGUUACCGGCUUUAAUCGAGCUUCGCGAUGCCCUUCAUGAAAAAGCUGAAGCCUUUAGCCAUAUAAUCAAAAUCGGAAGGACUCAUUUACAGGACGCCACUCCUUUGACUUUAGGCCAGGAAUUUAGUGGCUAUGUUCAGCAAAUUGACAAUGGAAUUGAGCGUGUGAAGAGUGUGCUCCCUCGGUUAAGCCUCCUUGCUCAAGGUGGUACCGCCGUUGGUACCGGUCUGAACACGAAGAAAGGUUUCGAUGUGAAGGUAGCCGCGGAAAUAUCUAAAAUUACUGGUCUGGACUUCAAGACUGCCCCCAACAAAUUCGAAGCUCUUGCCAGUCACGAUGCUUUGGUCGAGGCACACGGUGCUCUGAAUGUGAUUGCUUGUUCUUUGAUGAAGAUUGCCAAUGACAUCCGCUUCCUCGGUUCCGGUCCUCGCUGUGGCUUUGGUGAGCUCAGCUUGCCCGAGAACGAACCUGGAAGCAGUAUCAUGCCAGGCAAGGUGAACCCAACUCAAUGUGAGGCAGUUACUAUGGUAGCCGCGCAAGUCAUGGGCAAUCAGACGACUGUUAGCAUUGCGGGGGCCAGUGGACAAUUCGAGCUCAAUGUAUUCAAGCCCGUCAUCAUAAAAAAUGUUUUGCAAAGUAUCAGAAUACUUUCUGAUGCCUCAAGGUCAUUCACUCGGAACUGUGUUGUCGGCAUUCAGGCAAAUGAAAAACGGAUAAAUCACCUCCUUAAUGAAUCAUUAAUGUUGGCAACGAUUCUCAACAGCCACAUGGGAUACGACAACGUGGCUAAAUGCGCAAAGAAGGCUCACAAGGAGGGUACUACGCUGAAGGAAGCAACUGUUGCCUUGGGAUUCUUGACCCCAGAGGAGUUCGACGAAAAAGUGAGACCGGAACUCAUGUUAUACCCAGAUGAGGCAUGAGCAGGCGGGCUCUUGUCAGUGUGCCCCCACUUGCAAACGGACCAAUAGAUUAAGUGUAAUGAUGAGAUUAUAUUUUUGACAUUUCUUUAUUUCAUUGCUCAACUGCAGUAUACUUCUGUAUGUAUCAGAGCACUGUAGAGUUACGAAGCUAAUCUCAUGCCAUUUGGAUUGUGACA